AGUCUAUUCAGAUAACACAUGACGACGCUUGCAAACGGCAUAAUGCGUUGGCUCAUUGCUGUUACGUGGCUAUUUCUUGUCCAUAAAGGUGAAGCUCUGACGUGUUUAACAUGCGCCAAAGUUGAGCAACCACGCUAUUGCACCACAGUCAUUACCUGUCCAGAUAAUGAUGUUUGUUUCAUUGAAAGAAGUAUUAAUUCGUUUGGAGAAGCAUUCUACUCCCUGGGAUGUACGAGAGAUCAAGUGUGCAGAAACCUAACUUCAACUUCUUCGACGAGUCAGUGCUCACAAUGUUGUCAUAAAGAUCUAUGUAACCACGAGGGUUGUGGCGAACCAGGCUAUCCGGAUUCUCGUGGACCUGUUUGUUACAACUGUUUAGAAUCAGUAUCCGACGGAAGGUGUCAUCACAUCGAUAUAUGUCGACCCGGCGAGGUGUGUAGUGUCACUGGGAAAGGCAUGUUUGGAACAACAUUGUUUGCAUCGAAAUGCUUGAAGCAAGAGAUUUGUGGAAUGCGUCAAGACCAUGGCCUAGACAUAAUAGGAAAGCGGGGCUACAGAACGAGCUCACGCUCCCGAUCAUUCGACGUUCAGGACUGCUUUCAGUGCUGUACUGCGGACCUGUGUAACAAGAACUGCCAUGACAGCGUGGACGGUCAAUGGGGAGAUUGGAAUUCAUGGUCAGCAUGUACAAAUUGUAACCAGACAAGAAGUCGACAGUGCAACAACCCUUCACCGGAACAUGGUGGCAAGGGCUGUGUUGGAAAUGCAUCACAAACUCAGGAAUGCGGAAUUUGUCUUGCACAUGAUUGUUCUGGUCUUCAAAUCAUUGACUCCACCCUACAUAGCGGUGUGUACACCAUAAACACGCCACGCACUCACACCAAGAUCCAGGUCUAUUGUGACAUGGACACGGAUGGAGGAGGAUGGACGAUAUUACAAAGACGGUUCAACGGAAGUGUGGAUUUUUACAGAAACUUUAGUGACUAUGAAAACGGAUUCGGCAAUGUGGCUGGUGAAUUUUGGCUAGGACUUAAAAACAUCUACGAGAUAACAUCGCACGGUUACUUUCAACUUCGCGUGAACAUAACACGCAUCGACGGAAGAACAGAUUAUGAUGUAUAUGGAAAUUUCAGUCUGCAACCGGGACGCAACUAUACACUAAAUCUUGGGACGCAGUUGUAUUCGCAAGGCGUUAAAUCCGACUCCACAUUCUUCUCAAGCCCAAGCGCCACACCCAUUGGCAGUGCCUUCAGUACGUAUGAUCAUGAUGUCGACAGCAGUCUGGGCGGGAAUUGUGCCGAAACGUAUAAAGGUGGCUGGUGGUAUAAUGCUUGUUUCUCCUUCAUGAACCUUAAUGGUUUGUAUCUCCCUGGAACCGAGUCACUGGGGGCUAUGACUUAUGACAGUUAUCGUGGAAUUAAGUCAAGCACGAUUAUGUUUAAGAAAGUAUAAUCCGCGAACACAAAACAGUUAUUUCAACCAUAAGAAAGAAAAAGCAAUUUAAAUUAAAACAAAAAGAUGAAUUGUUGUACGAAAUUUGUGACCUCGAUUUGUUUCUCAUGAAAUGCUAAAUCUGCAGCCUUCUCAAAAGUUGGCGCCGUUGAACAGAAAUGAUAAAUCUUUUCAAAAUGGGUGUGCGUUUACUAUGAGUAACAUUAAAAUAUUUGAUGGUCAUAAUCCUACACAUUUUUAAGCACUUCCAAUUGUGUGCACGGUUGCGGUUUACUCAGUUAAAUGUCACAAUACUUAUUCAUCUCGCGUUUUAGAGCAGAAGUGUGUAACAUUUCAAACAAUAUUAUCACCACUUUCAGAACUUGGAUGGAUGAACACACUGUUAACACAUUUUUUAAUAAGAGGCGCGAUUUGUAACGUGUGUUAAAUUGUUAAUUCAAUAUACAUGUACGUUAAAAGUACUAAAGGCAACUUGACACCUUGAUAUUUUUCAUGUAAGCAAUUUAGUUAAAUUCAUUGUGUCUCUUGUGGUUGAUAUAACUAAUUUUGAAAACAAAACAAAUUAAUAAAUGGACAGAAAUUAUUGCUUAUAAAUGUACAAGUUAAUUAUAAUAUUUCAAUUAAGCAUUUCCUAGGACGAUGAGCAAAUUAAAAACAGUUAUACAGUGGGAUUAACUUUGUUCUGUUUAUACAAACUAAAAAAAGAAAACGCAUAAUAUUAAGUAUAUGUGCUCAUGAGAAACGCGUUUUAAUAGCGCUUCAUAUAACAUGAACCUUUACGACAAGGAUUUAUAUUGGAUGAAACAAACUCAAAAUAUAGUUUAUUAACAGGUAAAUUUCGAUAUAUUUUGCUCAAUAUAUACUAUUUAUAUACUAUUUAGGAAACGUUCUUUCAUAAGUGUCACAAAUAUGUGUGUAUUUAAAUUUGGGAGUGAUGCGACCGAAAUUCGUGUCGGAACUCUCGCUAUUAAAAUGAUAGAGUGGAGUAUUGACGCCGAGAGUCUGCCGAAGCAAAAAUCAUAAAAAGACUCUAUGGCGGCAAUUUAUGUUGACAAGUACACUUAGUACUGGUUAACCACUUAAUAAGUAUGUGCACGUAGUACUGGUUAACCACUUAAUAAGUAUGUGCACUUAGUACUGGUUAACCACUUAAUAAGUAUGUGCACUUAGUUCUGAUAAACCACUUAAUAAGUAUGUGUACUGACUACUGGUUAACCACUUAAUAAGUAUGUACAAUUAGUACUGGUUAACCACUUAAUAAGUAUGUGCACUUAGUUCUGAUAAACCACUUAAUAAGUAUGUGCACUUAGUACUGGUUAACCACUUAAUAAGUAUGUGCACUUAAUUCUGAUAAACCACUUAAUAAGUAUGUGUACUUAGUACUGGUAAAGCACUUAUUUAUGUAUUUAGUAUGAUUCUGCACUAAGUACUGCUUAACCACUAAGAUUCUCUAAGCUUGCCCAGGUUAAGUGUGGAUAAGUUUAUUAACUGCCAUGGUAGAGGUAAAAUACUAUUCAAUACAGGGAAAAAUUGAAUGAACAAAUAAACAAGACGUUACUAUGACAUUACUUGUCUUUUGAAACCCUUGACAACAAAAUUACAGAGUACGUGUAUCAUACCUGGUAAGCAAGUGUUUUGCGAUUGUGAUGAUUUUUCGUUCAAUUGCUAUGUAUUGAUUUUUUCUUAGAACCACUUCAGUCCAUGUUAUCACAUAUGAAAAUCAAAGCCAUACAUUCAUAAUUUAGCUCUUUAAGAAUCAAUAUGGGUUCAGCUAAGUAUUUGUUUUAUCUGAUGUUCCUUUUUUGAUACUUGGUUAUGUUCCUGUUUCUUUUUAAAUUGUGUUUAAUGUGUUACGCACUUGCACUGUCAUUUGCUUGUAUAAUUACCCUUUUGGUUAUCAUAAAUGAUGGAUGGAAAAUUUUGUUGAAAAUGUAUCUAAUACAUUUGAGCCUCGCUCUGUGAAAAGGGGGUCUGAACACAGGCUUAUUAGGGACGACACUUUCCGCUUUUAUUGUAUUUUUGGUUUAAAGAAAGGCACUUCUUAGCCUAUAUCCAGUUUAGGCGGCAAGUGUUGUCCCUGAGUCCACACAGGCUUAUCUGAGACGACACUUAGCCUAUAUCCAGUUUAGGCGGCAAGUGUUGUCCCUGAGUCCACACAGGCUUAUCUGAGACGACACUUAGCCUAUAUCCAGUUUAGGCGGCAAGUGUUGUCCCUGAGUCCACACAGGCUUAUCUGAGACGACACUUAGCCUAUAUCCAGUUUAGGCGGCAAGUGUUGUCCCUGAGUCCACACAGGCUUAUCUGAGACGACACUUAGCCUAUAUCCAGUUUAGGCGAAAAGUGUUGUCCCUGAGUCCGCACAGGCUUAUCUGAGACGACACUUAGCCUAUAUCCAGUUUAGGCGGCAAGUGUUGUCCCUGAGUCCACACAGGCUUAUCAGAGACGACACUUAGCCUAUAUCCAGUUUAGGCGGCAAGUGUUGUCCCUGAGUCCGCACAGGCUUAUCUGGGACGACACUUAGCCUAUAUCCAGUUUAGGCGGCAAGUGUUGUCCCUGAGUCCACACAGGCUUAUCUGAGACGACACUUUACGCACAGGCAUUAAACCCCUUUUCACAGAACGAGGCUCAUUUGUAUCCCAUUCUUGUUGGGGGUUGGUGUAUACCUGUUGUUUGACCUCUUCUCCCCUUAGUGGCCCACAACAAUUUUCACUGAUUGUAUAAUUAUAAGAACGUUAAUUGAAGGUGAAGAUCUAAAGAAUACUCCCACAGUGGGGAUCGAAACCAUGACCUCCCGGUCGCUAGACGGACACCAUGUCUACUGCGCCACGGCAAAUCUAAUUAUUAUUAUAAGUUUGUCUGGUGUUCUACUUCGUGCAACUUUUUAUUAUGUUUGAAAAAUUUAAUUCCAGUGAUUUUUUUCAUUCUUAGUUAUUAUAAAAUAUUUGUAAACAGAUAAUGUGUGGUAAAACAAGUGAGGCAGCAUUUUUGCUUGCUACGGUUGACAUAAUACUGGGUAUAGUUUUAAGUUUGUUGUGUUGAAGCUAGAUUGUACACUUAAUAUUGGGUACAUGUAUUCAUUCAAUAAUUUAUGCUAGUUUCAUCAUAAGCUGAUGAAAGAUUGUAUUAAAAUGAAUAUGAAAUGUA